AUGCUGUUAAAUCAACUGAGGGAGAUCACAGGCAUUCAGGACCCUUCUUUUCUUCAUGAAGCUCUGAAGGCCAGUAAUGGUGACAUCACCCAGGCAGUCAGCCUUCUCACUGAUGAAAGAGUUAAAGAGCCCAGCCAGGAGACUGCUGCUACAGAACCAUCUGAAGUAGCAGGCAGUGCUGCCAACAAAGAAGAAUUAGCAAAAGUAAUAGACCUUACUCAUGAUAACAAAGAUGAUCUUCAGGCCGCCAUUGCUCUGAGUCUGCUGGAGUCCCCCAAAAUUCAAGCUGAUGGAAGAGAUCUUAACAGGAUGCACGAGGCAACCUCUGCAGAAACUAAACGCUCAAAGAGAAAACGCUGCGAAGUCUGGGGAGAAAAUCCCAAUCCCAGUGACUGGAGGCGAGUUGAUGGUUGGCCCGUUGGGCUGAAAAAUGUUGGCAAUACGUGUUGGUUUAGUGCUGUUAUUCAGUCUCUGUUUCAAUUGCCUGAAUUCCGAAGACUUGUCCUGAGCUAUAGCCUACCACAGAACAUACUUGAAAAUUGUCCAAGUCACACGGAAAAGAGAAAUAUCGUGUUUAUGCAGGAGCUUCAGUAUUUGUUUGCCCUGAUGAUGGGAUCAAAUCGCAAGUUUGUAGACCCUUCAGCAGCCCUGGACCUCUUAAAGGGAGCAUUCCGAUCGCCUGAGGAGCAGCAGCAAGAUGUGAGUGAAUUCACACACAAGCUCCUGGAUUGGCUAGAGGACGCAUUCCAGCUAGCUGUUAAUGUUAACAAUCCCAGGAACAAAUCUGAAAAUCCAAUGGUGCAGCUAUUCUACGGUACUUUCCUCACUGAAGGGAUUCAUGAAGGGAAGCCCUUUUGUAACAAUGAGACCUUCGGCCAGUAUCCCCUUCAGGUAAAUGGUUAUCGCAACUUAGACGAAUGUUUGGAAGGGGCCAUGGUGGAGGGUGACAUUGAGCUGCUUCCUUCUGAUCAUUCAGUGAAAUAUGGACAAGAGCGUUGGUUUACAAAACUACCUCCAGUGUUGACCUUUGAACUCUCAAGAUUUGAGUUCAAUCAGUCCCUUGGUCAGCCAGAGAAAAUUCACAAUAAGCUGGAAUUUCCUCAGAUCAUUUAUAUGGACAGGUACAUGUACAGGAGCAAAGAGCUUGUUCGAAGUAAAAGAGAGUGUAUUCGAAAGUUGAAAGAGGAAAUAAAAGUUCUGCAGCAAAAACUGGAAAGGUAUGUGAAGUACGGCUCGGGCCCGGCUCGGUUCCCACUCCCGGACAUGUUGAAAUAUGUUAUUGAAUUUGCUAGUACAAAACCUGCCUCAGAAAACUCUGCAUCUCAAAGUGAUGCACGCAUGACGUUACCACUUUCUUCUGAGCACUGCCCGGCUUCUGACCUGAUACCCAAGGAAAGUACAAGUAAAGAGAGCACGUCUCAAGAUGCUGAAAGUACCUUUUCUUCUGAAGGUUCUCUACACAAGUCUAAGGUGGCGAAUCAGCCACUUGCACCUUCCCGAUCUUCCAUGGAAAUGCCCUCACACCCAGCUCCUCGAACGGUCACAGAUGAGGAGAUAAACUUUGUUAAGACCUGCCUUCAGAGGUGGAGGAGCGAGAUUGAGCAAGAUAUACAAGAUUUAAAGAACUGUGUUGCAAGCACUACCCAGACUAUUGAGCAGAUGUACUGUGAUCCUCUCCUCCGUCAGGUGCCUUAUCGUUUGCAUGCAGUUCUUGUUCAUGAAGGACAAGCAAAUGCAGGACACUACUGGGCCUAUAUCUAUAAUCAGCCCCGACAAGUCUGGCUCAAGUACAACGACAUCUCUGUUACCGAGUCUUCCUGGGAAGAACUUGAAAGAGAUUCCUAUGGGGGCCUGAGAAAUGUUAGUGCUUACUGCCUGAUGUACAUUAACGACAAGCUACCUCACUUCAGUGCAGAGGCGGCCCCGAAUGAAUUAGAUCAGAUGUCAGGAGAAGUGGAAGCCCUCUCUGUUGAACUGAAGCAUUACAUUCAGGAAGAUAACUGGAGGUUUGAGCAGGAAGUAGAGGAGUGGGAAGAAGAGCAGUCUUGCAAAAUCCCUCAAAUGGAGUCUUCCACCAGCUCAGCAUCACAGGAUUUCUCUCCAUCACAAGAGUCUUCAGUCGCCUCUUCCCACGGGGCUCGCUGCUUGUCCUCCGAGCAUGCCGUGAUCGUGAAGGAGCAGACCGCCCAGGCUAUUGCAAACACGGCACGCGCCUACGAGAAGAGUGGUGUGGAAGCAGCGUUGAGUGAGGCAUUCCAUGAAGAGUACUCCAGGCUCUAUCAGCUCGCCAAAGAGACCCCCACCUCUCACAGUGAUCCUCGACUCCAGCAUGUGCUUGUCUACUUCUUCCAGAACGAAGCGCCGAAAAGGGUAGUAGAGCGGACGCUUCUGGAACAAUUUGCAGACAAAAAUCUGAGCUAUGAUGAAAGGUCAAUCAGUAUUAUGAAAGUGGCUCAAGCGAAAUUGAAGGAGAUUGGUCCAGAUGACAUGAAUAUGGAGGAGUACAAGAAGUGGCAUGAAGAUUACAGUUUGUUUCGAAAGGUAUCUGUGUAUCUCCUGACAGGCCUGGAACUCUAUCAGAAAGGAAAGUACCAAGAGGCGCUUUCCUACCUGGUGUACGCCUACCAGAGCAAUGCCGCUCUGCUGGUGAAGGGGCCCCGGCGGGGCGUGAAAGAGUCGGUGAUCGCUUUAUACCGAAGAAAAUGCCUUCUGGAGCUGAAUGCCAAAGCGGCUUCUCUCUUUGAAACAAAUGAUGAGCACUCUGUAACAGAGGGUAUUAAUGUGAUGAAUGAGUUGAUCAUUCCCUGCAUUCACCUUAUCAUUAAUAACGACAUCUCCAAGGAUGACUUGGAUGCCAUUGAGAUCAUGAGAAACCACUGGUGCUCUUACCUUGGGCAAGAUAUUGCAGAAAAUCUGCAGCUGUGCUUAGGGGAGUUUCUACCCAGACUUCUAGAUCCUUCUGCAGAAAUCAUUGUCUUAAAGGAGCCUCCAACUAUUCGACCCAAUUCGCCCUAUGACCUUUGUAGCAGGUUUGCAGCUGUCAUGGAGUCAAUUCAAGGAGUGUCAACUGUGACAGUGAAAUAAGCCCCCACGUGUUCAAGUCCCAUCCUGGUCUUUGGUUGACUGCCUGUUGCACAGAAGUCUGUUGUCACAGUGUUUACCUUGGAAAGGGAAUUAGGUGGAAAAGUAAGAUUCAGAUCCAGACCCCAACCAUACUGUGUAUGUAAAGAAGGACUGAAAAUAAAAUUGCACUUUUUAGGUACAGAAUCAUAAAAGCGAUUUCACCAAAAAAGGCAGGAACCAGUGUAUUAAGGUAUUGAUUUAUGGCAGAAGACCUGAAAUGCCUCUUGUACCUACAGGCGUGCUUGGGCUUUUCUAAGCCUCUUGACACUUUUAAAAUUAUCCUUCAGGCAUAAGUAUUUUUGACAGCAGAGUAGAAGGAUGAUUCAUCAGAACCUGAACCAUAUGAACAGCUACUAGCUAUUUUAUCAAAUACAGAUGACAUUAAAAAAUUCUUAACUGCAAGAGAGGAGAAGUAUACACCUUGCCUGGCUCUUGACAGGAGAUGACAAAAUAGGUUGUUGAUGAACCACUACCCUUUCACACGUGGGUAGAACAUAAUUAUGGUCAUGCAUGUGGCAGUAAGAUGUUCAAAAGUCAAAAGAAUGCUGCCUCUCCUUUCUUUCUUCUCUCUCUUUUAUUUUAUAUUUUUAAAUAAACCAGAAAACCUCAUACUCAGUCCUGAGUGAAAGAAAGGAAAGCAUUAAGGACUUCAGACGGAGUAACAGUGCUGUGGAACUUGACUAAAGAUCACGUUCUCAUAGUUAACCAUUUAGGUAAAAUUUUCUAGUGUCUGAAAAUUGUCAAAACCCAUGUCUAAGGCUGCUGCUGGCCCAGAAGAACAUUUUGAUGCCCCUCCCCUUUUUUGCUUUU